AUGUCAUUCAGACCAGGUAGUAGAGGUGGUUCCCGUGGUGGUUCCAGAGGUGGCUUCGGCGGUAGAGGCGGUUCUCGUGGCGGUUCCAGAGGUGGCUUCGGUGACAGAGGUGGUUUCGGUGGCAGAGGCGGUUCCCGUGGUGGUUCCAGAGGUGGCUUCGGUGGCAGAGGCGGUUCUCGUGGUGGUUCCAGAGGUGGCUUCGGUGACAGAGGCGGUUCUCGUGGCGGUUCCAGAGGUGGCUUCGGUGGUGCCAGAGGUGGUGGUGCCAGAGGUGGUGCCAAGGUCGUUAUCGAACCUCAUAGACAUGCCGGUGUUUACAUUGCCAGAGGUAAAGAAGAUUUGCUAGUUACCAAAAACAUGGCCCCAGGUGAUUCUGUUUACGGUGAAAAGAGAAUUUCUGUUGAAGAACCAUCCAAGGAAGAUGGUGUUCCACCAACCAAGGUCGAAUACCGUGUUUGGAAUCCUUUCAGAUCUAAGUUGGCUGCCGGUAUUAUGGGUGGUUUAGACGAAUUAUUCAUCACCCCAGGUAAGAAAGUUCUGUAUUUAGGUGCUGCAUCCGGUACUUCCGUUUCUCACGUUUCAGAUGUUGUUGGCCCAGAAGGUGUUGUCUACGCUGUCGAAUUUUCUCACAGACCAGGUAGAGAAUUGAUCUCGAUGGCUAAGAAGAGACCUAACAUCAUUCCAAUCAUCGAAGAUGCUAGACAUCCACAAAAAUACAGAAUGCUGAUUGGUAUGGUUGACUGUGUCUUCGCAGAUGUUGCCCAACCUGAUCAAGCUCGUAUUAUUGCAUUGAACUCUCAUAUGUUCUUGAAGGAUCAAGGUGGUGUCGUUAUCUCUAUCAAAGCUAACUGUAUUGACUCUACUGUAGAUGCUGAAACCGUUUUUGCGAGAGAAGUUCAAAAGUUACGUGAAGAACGUAUUAAGCCAUUAGAACAAUUGACUUUGGAACCAUACGAAAGAGAUCAUUGUAUCGUCGUUGGUAGAUACAUGAGAAGUGGUUUGAAGAAAUAA